UUAAAUGACAAAUAUAAUAGAUUGACAGAAAAAAAAAACACUUGUGAAAAACUUAAGGCAAAAGUGUGGUGAAGAAGAUAAAGAGUAGCAUUUCGUUCUUGAAAGGAUAUAUAAUAACAAAAAGAUCACAUAGCAUCAGACAUGUAGCACGUGAAUUUAACCUGUUUUAAUUUACCAGAGAACCAGGGCGAUUAGAAAAACAGCACUAUACCAAACACCAUGAAUAUUCUUACACGAUGUCCUGGACUAUAUUGUGGUAGAGAAUUAUUGCCAGAUGGAAAUUGGAGCGAUUGCGGUGCUUGCCCACGUGGUUUUCGUACAAAUGCUUCAUCAGCAUGCGAACCCUGCGAGGAUGCACCGAUAUUUUACGACUGGCUCUAUCUGGGUUUUAUGGCCCUGUUAGCCUUAGUGUUACACUGGUUUUGUAUCGACAUGGUGGCCAUGCGUCGUAACAUACCCAAGGAGGUGAUAGCUCUUCACCUGUCUGCAUUGUUCGAGGUGGUCCUAGCAUCACUCAUAGUUCUGCAGCUGACAAAUCCCAUUGGAACGUUCAGCAUAAAGUCAUGUAAAGUGAAAAAAUUGUCGGACUGGUACACUUUGCUGCACAAUCCAAAUCCCAAUUAUGAAACAACUUUACACUGCACACAGGAGGCAGUUUACCCAUUGUACACUAUGGUUUUUGUCUUCUAUGCUCUAGGAAUAGUUCUCAUGCUAUUAAUAAGACCACUAAUAGCUACAAAAUUUUUGCCAAAACAGGGCAAGUUCUCUAUUUAUGCAGCUUUGUAUUUUUAUCCAAUCCUCGCAUUGCUUCACGCCGUCGGAGGAGGCCUAAUAUAUUACUCUUUCCCUUAUAUUACUAUUAUUCUAUCGGUGCUUUCGAAUGCAGCGCAUUUCGCAUUUAAACUGAAUCAGACGGUAAAAUCAUUACUGUUAAGUUCCGUUUCGGAUAUAAAGAAUGUGAUUGUCAUUUUGGGUCACUGGCUGUUACAUGGAUAUGGCGUGAUCGCAGUUGCGACUCUUCGUGGAAUCAGCAUUCAUCCCGCGAUGUUAAUCCUUGUUGUAUUACCAGCUUUGUUUUACAUCAUAACAGCGAGAUUCACUGAUCCACACAAGCUCCAUAUCGAAUGAAUCUUCCAAGCAAAUAUCUCUUGUACAUAUUAUCCCUUGCAUAAAUAACAUAUUUAGGCUGUGUAUUUGUUAUGUAAUAGAAACAAAAUCUUUUGAACAUACGUGUGAGAAUUGUGGAAUUUUUUUGAAUAAAAAUUUUCAAUAAUUGAUGUAA